AUGCCACAGAGGUUUAUCGAAAGCUUAGGGCAGGCCCUCUUCAUCAUCCAGUCCAUCGUUGCAUUCGUCAUAUUCUUGUUCGCCAGUCAGCUGCAGGCAUUUUCGUGGGCCGUCUGGGCGACCAGCAGUGGUCUGGCCCUGUGGGCCGCCCUCGGUGUCCCCCUGCUUGUCAUCAAUAGACAGCCUCUAUACCAGUAUGUCUGCCCCAACAGGGGCACAUGGAACUUGCUGAUGGUCAACAGGAACCUUCCUUGGUCGAUUCUGGUUCCCCUCAAGUUCUUCUUUCUCUUCGCUGGAAUCCCUCCAUCCGACCUAAUACAGGCCGGUCUUUUGGUGCCAUUGUCUAUUACCAUUGGACUCAUUUGCAUUAUGAGCUAUAAUGGAAACAUCACAGCUGCCCCGGCAAAUGAAAUACUCGGAGAUGACAAGGGCCAAGGCGACUAUCAGGUAUGA